GAUUUCAAAGCCCAUCAACUAGCUUAAAAACCUUCACUUGCACAGAGAUGGAAAAAAUGGAUUAUAGCCAGAAAACAAAUUGAAGAACAGAGAAAGAAAGGGAACACAAAACCAUACCCCCAUUUCCUUUCAUUUUCAUCUCUCUCUGCUAAAACUCUGCCAGUAAUCAAGAGUUUUGGGGAGAGAGAAUCAGAAGAAAAAAAAAAAAGGAGUUUUAGAGAGAGAGUUUAAGAUUUUUCCUCUGUCAGAGUGUGAAGAGGUUUCUUGGGGGAGUUUCUGUUUGGCUAUCCAGAAAGAAAAAUCAUAGGAUUUUGCCUUGUUUUUUCAUUUUUGGAGACUAAAGAAGCUAAAUUUAGUUUUGCAAAUUCUACUGUUGACUGCUGCUUAAGAUGAAUGAAGAUAGACAAAUGGAAGUACAUUAUAUCGACACCGGGUUUCCUUACACAGUUACGGAGAGCUUCAUGGAUUUCUUUGAAGGGCUUCACCAACAUCAAGUACCUGCUUAUGGCAAUGCUGUACCAUUGCUCGAUCAGGGAAAUGCUUACUGGUCAAUGAAUAUGCAAUGUUACAAAUUUGGAGUAUCUGAUCAUGGGAAUACUUAUUAUGGCCAUUCGGAGGAAAGUCACCAUUUACCACCUUCAAUGGAUGUUGGUGAAAGGGAAUGGGAGUAUCCUACUUCAGUGGCGAAUGUCGAAAUUCCCGAACCAACAUAUGCUCCAUCAGUGGAGGAGGAUGUUGUAGAUGCUCAUUCUAUACCAGAAGAAUGUGAUUUAAGCCAUCAGGAGGAGACCAGUACUUCUCAAGUUACAUGGCAAGAUGAGAUUGAUCCUGACCACAUGACCUAUGAGGAACUGUUGGACUUAGGUGAAUCAGUUGGAACUGAAAGUCGGGGUCUUUCUGAAGAACAAAUAAGUUUGCUUCCGACUGCGCGAUUCAAAUUAACGAGCUUUUUCUCGAGAAAAAAGCCCGAGGAGAGAUGUGUGAUUUGCCAAAUGAGGUACAAGAGAGGGGACAAACAAAUAAAAUUACCCUGCAAGCAUUUUUACCACAACAAAUGCAUAACCAAAUGGCUGACCAUCAACAAAAUAUGUCCGAUCUGCAACAUCGAGGUGUUCGGAGAUGGAAGCAUGAAUGCAUCAGGAAACGAUAACCGACAGUAGAUUUUGGAAGCUCUAACAUUUUGUUCCUCAUUCAUCUUUUCCCAUUUUUGCCUUCUCACUUUCAUUUCUUUCCCCCAUUUUGUACAUCUCUACUUAACUAAGUGAAUUAAGUUCUCUAAUCCUUAAUCUCUCUCUCCCCACAUUUGCCCUAUGCUCACAGAAAGAAAAGUGUACCCCUCUUUUAACUUGUCAACUGCGUAGCCUGAAGAUUGAAGUCUAGUUAUUUUCUUAGAUUAAGAUUAGCUUAUUUUGUAGUCAUUUUUCGGAUUGAGGGUCGUGUCAAACUGCAUUGAAUGAGGAUGUUCGUAGGUUGGGGUGAGUUAGAUUAGGUUAAUAUAGACGUCUUGGAUCUAAUCUAAUUGUUCAAGUUACAUAUUUGUUCAAUCUAAGUGACUUUUGUUAGUAAUAGACCAUGAAUUCAUUUGGUCAUUUAUUUCAAGUUUUGUAAAA